GGCGAGAAACGAAGCGGGAUUGCGGUGCAAGGCGAUGGACAUGUCGCUCUUGGCAGUAACUUCCGUUGAGGAACUGAAGUGUCUUGCCAGUUUGAAAGAAGUUGUUGGUUCGUUCUGGACGGGUGGCUCCAAUGUUGACGAAAAAUGCGAAUCUGGAAAAAAAUACGGAUGGUGCUCGACCGGCCACAACAUGUCCUCGGCGCUGGUCUCUUUGUCCAACUUCUGGAUGCCAUCAGACGUCCCUCCUUCCAAUCUCGAAAGCUGUUUAGCUGUUUUGAUUUCAUCCCCUGAGAAGAAGGGGAUGGUGCAUAGGAAUUGCGACGAUCUUCUGCCCUACAUCUGCCAGUUCGCAGUGAACUGUCCUAAGACGUGCACCAAAAACAAAUCCUUGUUUGACACGGCUGGCAACUUGAUGAGUAAAAGAAAACUUUGAUAAGUUACUCCAUCAAUAAUUUUUAAUUCUAUAAGACAAAACAUCGUACGGAAUUUGGAUUGAUAUAGGAAAAUACACGUAUCUCUUGGGAAACAAACCAAUGAGUUGGGAGGCGAGCUGGCGUCAGUGUUGUGCUUUGGGAAUGCGGACUCUCAAAAUUGACGAUGCUGAGGAGCAAGCGGGCCUUACAAAUAUGACAGUCGUUUUUAAAGACGAAUGGAAAGCAAAUUUUAACUACUGGACCAGCGGCACGUGGAAAGGGGCUCCGGUGGGCGAGUGGUCGUGGUGCGAGCCCAACGGGCCCACCAUCCUCGACCCGGGUCUAGCGUGGGAAAGCGGCCAACCAGACAACAAGAACGGAAACGAGAGCUGUCUCCACUUCCGCUUUGUUUUGAAUUCCACAGGUACUAUCCUGACAGACCGGAAUUGCGCCAGCAAAUACAUCUACGCUUGCAAGAUGCCGAUUUCGACCACGCGAAAGCCAUGUGUAUCUUCGUGCCCAAAAAAGCCGUGUCAGCGAAACCUCACCCUGUUUGGCCCUGAAAAUGUUCUACUCGAUUACCCUUUUUACGGUGAAUGGUAUUCUGGAUGCGGACGAAAUUUCUUGUUCUACAAUAUAACUAGAUUGGACUGGGGCAGUGCCUGGGACCUUUGCUGCAGUUUGGGUUUGACCCUGACCUCUUUAGAGUCCGCGGAUAAAACCAAAUGCGUUUCUAAAAUCGUCACGAGAUAUGCUCCGUUGACUGUUGGGGACUUCUGGCUCUCUGGAACCGACCUAGGUUGCGAUUCAAACUUUCGUUGGUGCUCUCUGGGCCGCGAUUUCGUCGACUCUGAGCUCAGGUGGAAGCAGGGACACCCGAAAACAGGACUGGACUGCGUCUACGUCGAGGCAAGAAAUGGAUCAAUGAUGCUGGCAUCCGCGAAUUGCGAUGAGCAGAAGUUGUUCGUUUGUGAAGUGCGCAAAAAGGGCACUAGUCAGGUCGCUUUGCAGAACGAAUGCAUGGAAAUUUGGCAAAUCACUAAUGCUCAACUUGCCUUGCUUACCAACCCCGCUGAAUUUCUUACUGCGAACAUUUCUCUCGAACUGAAGUGCUUUUUGAAAUGCAUUGGAGUCAAUUUUGGAUUGAUUGGUGUCGGAGGAUUGAAUUCCAUCGAAAUGUUGCGACAAGCGGAACUCGCGUCCAUGGAGGAGCCUGAGAAAAUGGAGCAGGGAUUCGUGGCUUUCGACGAGUGCAGUGGCAAAAAUGCGGACGAUGAGUGCGUGACUGCUUACGAUACUUACAAAUGCGGCCUGGAGAAGACUCCAGACUUGGUUUCAAACAUGGUUUCAAAUAACCUAGGCAGCGGUCCAGUGAUUGAACCUCCUACUCCGUGCAUUCCGAAACGCAGGACUUGUUGGCUCUCGAAUAAUUUCCCUUGCGUUUCAAAACAAUCAGCUAUCGAUUUACUGAACAGCCAGGGCAAUGACGACAUGGGGGCCAAGGUGACCUUUCAAAGCAAGACUUAUUACGUCGGCAACUACGACGGGGAUACUGGAAACUCCAACCCUGUGACGGCAUUCCAACGUUGCUGUGAACUCGGCAUGAGGCUUUACGAGCCUCAGACGCUUGCGGAUUUUCUCUACGCUAGGGACAAUAUAACCGGGGCUUUCAAUCCCUUUUUGAUACUUGGCGAGACGGAGUUCAUCAACAAGACGCACGAGGUGUGGUGUCGCAGUCGCACCCUGCUCACCGACGACAUGCUCGACUCUGAUCCGGCCCGCAGGUAUCCCUGCGACGAGUCGAUCGCCAGCGUGGGUGGCGAUGGAGGAACAAUCCUAAUGUUUUCAAGAUCGGACCUGGACAUUCACGACUACUACAUUAAUCCUCAUAAAUAUCCGACCAGGGACUAUCAGUUUCAGACCUUUAUUUGCGAACCAAUGUAGAAAAAAUAAGGGAAAACGUCAGGGUGAAAUUGGCAUGAAUGUUGAAAUUAUUUUAAUA